AUGACAGAGUUUGUGGUCCACAAGAUUUCUGCAUCUGCUAUAGAAAAGAAGAAGCUACUCCAAAGACCAGUUAUAACCGGCCGGGAAAACCUGCUUCGGGCACUAAUCGGCUCUGAGAAACCGGGUUGGUACCCGGAGUCGAAGCCGGAGCCGGAAAAAAGGCAAGGCGUCCGUGAUGGCCUAAAGGAUUCGCUCCUUCCCACGCGCCUACUUUACCAUCAUCACCCCACGCUCUCUUUCUUUCUCUCUCUACCUUGUCCCCUUUUAUAUAAAGCUCCUCUUCGCUUCACUUCACCGCACCUCAUCACCAUUUCCUCACAUUUUAUCUCAACGAUUUAUUUUCUCUCUCUGUUUCGGUAUCUUUUUAUAACUUCUACUACAUCGUCUAGCUUAGUGGAGGCCCGAAAGGGUAAGAAGCGGGUCCGACUCGACUCGGACGAGUUUUCCGAGUCGGACUCCCCCGAGGUGAAGCGUCUCAGGGAAGACCUUCUGGGGUUCCUGGACGACACGGAGCCCGAUCCGACGAUUCAGGAAAUCGACUCGGUCGUGAAGAGCUUUGAGAAAGAAAUAUCUCAGGCUUGUACUUCUUCUUCGGCGCCGGUGGUCGACCUGAUGUCGGACUCCGGAGAGUCUCAACCGGAGCUCGGUCUACCGCCUUCUGGGAAUUCUUUAGGCGAGGAGGUGAAGAACCCAGAGACCGACUUGGGCCUGGUAUCGUCCUAUUCGUCCGGAAUCGGCGAGAUUUGUUUAAGGUUAUCUUAUGGUUAUUCAAAGACAUUUUGCGGGGGAAUGUGCGGUUUUGGGAAUUUGGAAGGGUCUCGGUCGUGGAAUUCCAUACUUCCUUCGACACAGACUAGGUGCUGGAUAUAUGGGAUUUGGUCCGAGCCCUUCUAUGUUUAUUUACAUGUUUUUAUUUGUUUGCCGUUUCAUCGGAGCAACUCCAAGUGUGAUUUGAUUUUUAUUCAACAUGUCUGUUGUGACUUUUAAGUUCUGAA